CAAGCAGGGAUCAAGUACCCCACCCUCCUUCCGCAACGCCGUCUUGAAAGGAACGAGAAACUUUUAGUUUGCGUAAGCUCACAAAUACGGGAGCAUGCAACAGUGCGGAAUGCGUCGGUUAUUAGCCUCCUAGCACGUGAAUGGAGCAACUAAACGGAUUAACGAAAAGGAAUCUUCGUCUCAUGGAUAUGAGCCACAUGCAUACUGGACUCAACGGCAUAGGGUUCCCAUUUUCUCAGGCAAUGACCGUCCAUCACCGUGGGGGUCAGGAAGUCCAAGCCACAGCGGCGGACAUGCUCAAUCCAUUCAUAGAUUCAACUGGGCACAUGGGAAGUCUGAAACUGAGUCCUCAGCAUGGGAUGCACAAUGAUGUAGUUCACCAUUCACAAACAAAUCAUCAAUACCCUCAGACAAAUGGUUACGGUGUAUCACACUCUCAUCAUCACCAUCAUCAUCAUGUGGGGAGUUACGCAGCUAGAGAAUUUCUAUUGCGACGGGAUCAUAUGCCUUCACUUGCCAACAAUUUGGCAGCCCAUGAUCCUUUAUCAAAUACUUCACAAGGACAUCAUGGAAUGUUUGUUUCCACAUCAUCAACACUCCAUGGACACCAUGCCACAGAUCCAUCCGCCACAUCUCAUGUUCUAUUUCCCAGUCUUGAUCAUCAUCAUACACACAAUCAUGGACAGAUGCGUCUUUUACCAGGUUCUGAAAUGUACGCUAGAUCAGACAGUUUUAAUCACGUGGGACCAAGAACAGAUCAAUUCAUGGGUGGAAGUUAUGGACACAUGCCACCUAUGCCAACUCCUGGAGCUUUUUUCAGGUACAUGAGACCAUCCAUAAAACAAGAGCUAACGUGUCGUUGGAUAGACCAAGAUGUUCCACAGCCACGUAAAGCAUGCAACAAAACAUUUAGUACAAUGCAUGAGAUAGUGUCUCACAUAGCAGUGGAGCAUGUUGGUGGCCCUGAGUGUACCAACCAUGCCUGCUUUUGGGAAGAUUGUCCUAGGAAUAACAGACCAUUUAAAGCAAAAUAUAAACUUGUCAAUCAUAUACGUGUACAUACGGGGGAGAAACCCUUUCCAUGCCCAUUUCCUGGAUGUGGUAAAGUUUUUGCAAGAUCUGAAAAUCUAAAAAUUCACAAACGAACACAUACAGGAGAAAAGCCUUUUAAGUGUGAAUUCGAAGGUUGUGAUCGAAGGUUCGCCAAUAGUUCAGAUAGAAAAAAACAUUCUCAUGUCCACACAAGUGACAAGCCUUAUAAUUGUAAAAUUCGAGGUUGUGACAAAAGUUAUACACAUCCUAGUUCAUUACGAAAACAUAUGAAAGUGCACGGCAAAUCGCCGACACCACCCGGUACAACUCCCGGCAGCUGCACGUCAGGUUCCGGCUACGACAGCGAUGUUGCAGGCAACUUAACGGCAACGGAGGAUACUUUAGCUUCGCCGCCCGCCAUCGUUCCACCAUCCGCCACCGUCCCACCAAUCCACCACCUUCACCACCCCCACCAUCAUUCAACAAACCUCAGUGAAUGGUAUAUUUGUCAGUCAACUGCUGGCAUGCCUACUCCCCCCAGCAACGAACAUUCUCCCCUUGCAGGUCACACCUUACACUCCAUAACUUCAAGCUUUUAAGUGAAUAUGUGCUUUAAAGAGCGAUAACAAUUCUUUUAACGAAUUUUAUCGUGGCCUUGUGCUUUAUUCAAUUCUGUCAUUCAUCACUUUAACCGAAUAUUAUUUAUAGUCCGAGUUAUUAAAAUAAGACAUUCAAUUUUAUCAUUUAUCAAUGGUUUUAAAAACGCUUUCGCUGAACAUCUAUUUUGUUAAAGAUCUUUUCUCUUAAUGUUCAAGCAUAGUUAAACUACACAUUAAAAAAAAAUUUAAUAAAAUUAUUUUUAAAAUUUUACAUAACUAAUAAUUUAAUUAUUUAUCCCUUUUUAAAUAAAGAAUUAGAACAAUUUUUAAUGAAAGGAAUUUUAUCAGUGAUGCAUUUCUUAAAAAUCGUUUUCACAUUGGAAAAAUAGGAAGUAAAUAAUAUUUAUAUUAUAUAGAAAAAAAAUACUAUGGAAUUUCUGUGUGGUAGAUUUAAAGUACACAAGCCAGUUAAUGUUAGAUUUGUAUUUAUCAGUGUUUUUAGUUGUUAAAAUUAAUUAUUAUGAUAAUGUGAUAAACUAUUUUUUACUUAUAGUUUUAUUUUGCAUGUAACGCAUAGUAAAUAUUAAUUUGUAAAUUUUUUUUUUAAAAAAUGUCACAUUCUUGUUAAUUCUGUCAACAAUGUAUUGAAACGACUUCGUAAUUAUUUAGUUUUUAAGUGUUGCAUUUUUGUAGGAAAAAAAGCAUUUUUAUUGUUCUUGAAGUCGACAAAAUCAGAUUUUCAAACAAUACAACAAAUUAACAAACUGUAUCAUUUCUGUUUCCCCCAACGUAAUUUAAAUGAUAGUUCAUAUGUUAUAUCAUGUGCAUGCCUUCAUUUCUUCUGAACUUACAAAUGAAGACACAAAACUCUUUUCUUAUUUUGAAAAUAGUUCUUAGCGCAUUUGACAAUUUAACUGAAUUUUAUUUAUAAAAAGGGCUUGUAAUACUUGAAACUUAUGAUUUGUUAUAAAUUUUAUUGAAAUAGUUAUUCCGUUUAAUUUGUUUUGAAAUAUUUGCUCUAAAUUUUAGUUAAAUAAAAGGUUUAAUUCAGACAAUUUUAACUUUUCCCGUUUGAAAUAUAUAAUUUGAAAACUUAUUAGAUAAGUUGCAUUAAGUAAAAUAAGAAUCAGUACUUUUAUGUAUCGAUUUCCAUAGUAAUCUUCGUUCGAAAAAAUUUUAAUACAAAUUUUCAGAUAACUUUAGUUAUAUUUUUCAUAGAAUAAAAAGUUAACAUAAGAAUAUGAAUUUGUGCCUCCUUUAGCAUUACUUAAAAUCUUUAGUUUUAGGUUAUACACAUUUUUUAAAGUAUCAUUUAAGAUAUAUAAAAAUUAAUAAAGCGAAAUGAAAGUAUUAAUGAUUUUAACAAUAAUCUAGUAAGAUUUGUAAGAAGACGUAAAACGUAAAUCCAAAAGGAAACUUGUCAUAUAUUUUAUGAAACAAGAACCAAAGAGUGUGCAAAUAAUUAUAUAAUUAUUUAUAAUAUUAAAGUUUACAUUUUACAGUUGGCAUUUUUUUUGUUUUGUACAAUUUUCAUUCUAAUAAUUAUGCUAAAAUGUAAAGUUUGAUGUGUAACCUUCAUAAUAGAUAAUUGUGUACAAGUGUUCUGCUUUUCUUCUGAUAUGUUAAAAGUAUUCAAAUGAUUUCGUGACGUCAUCGAAAUGCAAACAUUCAUUUACAAACAAAUUAAGCUGUAUAUAUGUAUAAAAUCUAAUGAGUAUUUGUAAAUUGUAUAUAGUACUCAAUGUAGUACAUAAAACUUAUAAUUUUUUAUGAAAGUGUAGGCAAAAGUGAUUAAUGUCUUGCACGAAAAAUGACUUCUCUAUGCCUUAAUGCUGAGUGACUUUCUAGUUAAUAUAUUAUUUAUAUUUAAAUAUUAGUAUUUAAUUACACUUUUUUGAAAGUAAAAAUAUUUAAAAUAUUCCUUAGAUUUAGAUAGUAUUAUUUACUUUCAUUUUGCUAACUUCGAAAAUGUUAAGCUUGAAACUGAUAAAAAUAAGGUGCUGAUUUAUAAUGCUUUCCAUGACGAUAACUUGUUACAGCGGAUUGUAAAACAAAUAAGUUCCUCGGAGUAUGUACUAGGUAUGAUUACUUAAUAAAAAGUAUUUCUUCGUUGUAUGAAGAAAUUUAUAAAUGCAGUCAAUAAAAAUCGGAACUAAACAAAAUUUUUCUAACAUAGAUAUUACCAGUAAAUUUAAAUCUGACUUAAAUUUGCGAGGAUUUGAAAAAAAAAAUUUUUUUUUCAUUAAGUUAAAGUGUAGGUAAAUUUCAUAUGGAUCUUUUUCUAAAAACUAUUUUUGAAACUGCUAUAACAGCAAAUU